CCGAACGCGCGCCGCGCACGUGCCUGCUCGUCCUCUGAACUCGCGCGUGAUCGUGUUGUGCCGCAGUGCUUUAUGUGGAAUACGAAAAGCGCGCGAGGCGUGCCGCCCGCGCAACUCCGCAAAUGAUCGGAGUCAUUGACACAAAUCACUCAUAAAAUUUCAUCGUUUUCCGAAACUAAUUGAGAAGUGAAGGGAUGCGGUUGUCCCCCCUCUGAGGAUCGUACUCGUUAAAUAAGCGGUGCAUGCAUCAUGUGCGCGUGCGCGUGGCGACUGCAUGCGUUCACUGCCGCGCUCGUUCUUGCUGCGCAUCUCAUCAAAGUACUAUCUUGUGGAGAGACCGGCGGCGGAGCUCGCUCACGUCGCUAUGUGGGCCUCUAUACCGGACCUUACUUCGACCCCGCAGCUCCGAACAACAUUACUGCUCAGCUUGGCACCCACGCAUAUCUACCAUGCAAGGUCCGUCAACUGAGUAAUAAAUCUGUAUCCUGGAUAAGACGUCGUGAUGCUCACAUCCUCACCGUGGACCGGUUCACCUUCAUCGCAGAUGAGAGGUUCCAGGCCUUCCUCGUAGAGGCCACGGACACUUGGACACUUCAGGUUAAAUACGUGCAAGCGCGGGACGCCGGAGUAUAUGAGUGUCAGGUUGGCACCGAGCCCAAGAUGAGUCACUUCGUGCAACUCAACGUCGUCGUGCCAAAAAUUGAGAUUGUCGGUGAAUCCGACCUGUAUGUAAAGGCCGGAAGCACUGUCAGCCUUAAGUGCGUCAUCACCCAGGCGCUCGAGGAGCCAGCUUACAUCUUCUGGUACCACAACGAUGAGAGAGUGCUAAAUUAUGAUAGAAGCCUAGUGGAAAUUCGAAUGGAACGUUUGGCACCAGAUACUACUAUCGGAAAUCUGAUCAUCUACAAUCCGCGGCGCGAGGAUUCUGGCAACUACUCGUGUUCACCUUCCAACUUGGAUUCCGCUUCCGUUGUACUUCAUGUUCUGAGCGGUGAACAGCCCGCAGCGAUGCAACACGGCAAUAGCGCACCUGCCCCGUCAGCGCUGCCCUUGCUAGUAGCGCUGCCUUUGUUGCUGAAUACUCUGCCCACAUUGGGCACGAUGUCGGUGGUGUUCCGCGCUGCACCUCGUCCUGAACGCGUACUAACACUGUUCGCACUUGCCUUGCUCAUACAACUGCAGUGCCAUGAUGAUGAUACACCAAAAUAGCGAGGCGGCGGACCCUCGGGCUCGCAUCACGGAGAGACCGAUAUCCUCCACACAAAAAGCAAUACUCAGAAGCCAUGACAGUUGGAUAGCCUCGGUUCUCACUCACAUCAUAUGAAAAUAAUCUUAUUAUUGUGUAUCACUCCAGAUGUAAAUGAGUAUAAACUGAAGUGUUCGUCCACUAGGAACUUUGAUAACCGUGGGAGAGUGGUUCAGUCGAAUAGAUUAAUUGAAGAGGCGUGCUUUGUCCCAUAAACGGACAACAGUGCGCUCUCUGAACUAUAAUAAUUUCCCGACAUGUCUCGGGAUCCUCUGUAAAGUUUGUAAAUAUUAUUAUAAAUAAUAAAUAUUAUAUAAAUCUCUAAUAAUAGUCCAGGGCGAGUGAGCUCUUUCCGGGAUGGGUGUUUUAAAUUCGGUGCCGUUCAUUAUAUCGAAGCGUUACGUUAGUGAUAGAUUUUUUUUAUAACAUAAGUAUAAUUUCAUGUAAUAUUGAAAUCCCGGAACGCCAGCCCACGACGGCCGCCCCUCAUAGUCGGUCACGCACUAAAUUGACAUCGAAAUCGUUUUAUUGCGGUCCUGGGCUUUCAUGUAUUUUAUCGCCAAGCGAUAAAAUUAGUAUUAAUCUUUGCCCUCAGAUUUUUUUAACCGACCUAUAACAGGAUCGUUUGACGUCAAAGAACGUUGCGAGCCUGAACUAAACUCGGUGUUUGUUACUUUAUGUUAAGAGCAGUGAGACGGAGUUAAAGUAAGUUUCAUUCGUUGACACUGUUACUGCCUCACUUGUAAAUAUAUUUAUGUAAGUAACAUAAAUAAAAAUGAGAUCGUUGAAACAUUUAAAA